AGAAAUGGGCAAUUAUGAUGACUACACUGCUUUCCUUGGACAGUCUGGCCCCUUCUUCUGGAUCACAUUCUUCCUUCUAAAUACUGUUUUUACCUCCACCGGAUUAAAUGGGCUUUACAUCGUCUUUGUUGGAGCAAUUCCCAAACACUGUUGUGCUGUUCCAGACGUCAACUUGACAGAGGAGUGGAGAGAGGCCAUCAUUCCCGUACAGGUGGUGAAUGGUGAACAGGUGUUGAGCAAGUGCAGCAGAUACAGGCUGGAUGUGGUCAGAAAUCUGUCCGCUCAGGGAAACCUACCUGGCAGAGAUGUCAACCUUACUUCACUGGAACAGGAGGGCUGUGUGGAUGGAUGGCGCUACAGCAAAGACAUCUACCAGUCCACCAUAGUCACGGAGUGGGACCUUGUUUGUGACAAUGAGUGGAAGGUUCCUUUUGCAUCCUCGUGUCUCUUUUUGGGCUUCCUGGUUGGGUCCUUCUGCUCAGGCCAGAUUUCUGACAGGUUUGGGAGAAAGAAGAUUCUUUUCAUUUCACUUGGAGUCCAAAGCAUCUUUGUUCUCCUUCAGUCCUUCUCUUAUUCAUGGAUGAUGUUCUGCACCAUCUUUCUCUUCAUUGGAGCCUCCCAGAUAUCCAUCUAUAUAUGUGCAUUUGUGCUGGGAACAGAGGUGCUGAGCAAGUCCAUGCGUGUGCUCUUCACGACGCUCGGUGCGUUUUUGUUCUACUGUUUGGGCUACAUGCUACUCCCCUGGAUCGCAUAUGGCAUAAGGACGUGGAGGACCCUCCUGAUGGUUCUUGCCUCAUUGUCUGUGGUAUACAUCCCAUUGUGGUGGUUCAUCCCAGAGUCUCCUCGCUGGCUGUUCUCUCAGGGGAGAUUGGAGGAGGCGGAGGCCAUAUUGAGAGAGGCUGCUAGGAAAAACAAAGUAGAAGCUCCACCUACUGUCUUUAAACAGACGGAGUCUGUGGCUUCGCCACCAACAAAGAAGUACACCAUACUUGACAUUCUGAAGUCCAGCAACAUAAGAUGCAUCACAUUCAUGAGUCUGCUUCUAUGGAUGGCAAUAAACAUUGGGUAUUAUGGAUUAUCCCUUAAUACCUCCAACCUAAGUGGUGAUCCCUUCAUGAAUUCCUUCUUAUCAGCCUUAACCGAGGUCCCUGCCUAUAUCAUGUGCACAUAUCUACUCAACAAAUGCCCAAGAAGAGCACUUCUGUCAUCAUUCCUUGUAAUUGGAGGAGGAUUUCUCCUGCUUGUCCAGCUUAUUCCUGAGACUCUGCAUGAGCUCACCCUGGCUUUGGUCAUGAUCGGGAAGUUUGGCUUCACCAUGGCCUUCAGCACGGUCUACAUCUACACGGCAGAGAUCUACCCCACCGUGCUCAGGAACAUGGGUAUUGGAAUAUGCUCCUCAGCCGCUCGGAUCGGCAGUAUCACGGCUCCCUACAUCAUCUUUUUAGGCACCUACAAUAAGUUUCUGCCCUAUGUUAUUAUGGGAGGUCUCACUGUCGUCACAUCUCUGGUGAACUUCUUUCUCCCCGAGACUUUCAACAAAGACCUGCCAGAAACAGUGGAGCAAAUGCAGGAAUAUCAACGGUUGUGCAGGGGACCGAAAAAGAACAAAUAUAACUUGGAAAACGGAGGAAAAGAAAACCCAUCUGUACAACAUGACGUCAAAUUAUAAACACAAACUCUUGUUGGGUUGUCUCCUGACCAAUAUUCAUUGGUCAGGAAUGCAGGAAUGCUAGCUAAUUGAAAGUGCUGAUUGUAAGGGAAUGUUUCCAUGACCUGCCAAUGAGGGGCUGUAAAUUGAAGCUUAUUUAGUGCUUGCCUGAACGGCACGUGCAAGUGUCCCAUGUGUGAUGUGUUUUGUGUGCGAGAAUAUGCUGAUAUGUUAUCAGUUAAUUUGAUGUCAGCUACAAAAUCCUAGAGGAACUGCUAAAGGAGUAAAAAAAUAUCAGCCGAGAGGAAGAAACCGGUAGAGAAAGUCCGGAACAAAGUUAUGGAGCAUUAGAUAAAGUAGGAAAGCCAAUUUCCUCUUAAGUAGCAUUGGGUUUAUAAAAAUGUGUAAUAAAAAAGUUUUACA